CCUGGUCGCAACGGCCAUUUGCCGUAGAAGAAGCCCCAACAACAGCAGCAGCAGCUAGUAGCUAAUCUGGCUAAUCUGAAUCCAGGAGUGUGUAUAAUUGUAAAAACAGUGUCCUGAGGAGCAGCUGAGCUCCGCCGCGGUCCUGCGUCUGAUCCUGGUCUGUAGUUUUGAGGGCAGUAGUCUGUAGGGUCUGUGGGCUGGUUGUCUGUAGGCAGUGCUAGGCUCGGUGAGCUAGCUGUAGGUUAGUUAUGGCCGGCAGCAGCAGCAGUAUAGCCCAGAAGACCUGGGAGCUGUCCAACAGCAUUCAGGAAGUUCAGAGCAUCGACGAGAUCUACAAAUACGACAAAAAACAACAGCAGGAGAUACUCGCAGCCAAGCCAUGGACUAAAGACCACCACUACUUUAAGUACUGUAAGAUCUCAGCCCUGGCUCUUCUGAAGAUGGUGAUGCACGCCCGCUCUGGGGGGAACCUGGAGGUGAUGGGACUGAUGCUGGGGAAGGUGGAUGGAGAGACCAUGAUGAUCAUGGACAGCUUCGCACUGCCUGUGGAGGGUACAGAGACCCGGGUCAACGCUCAGGCUGCAGCCUAUGAGUACAUGGCUGCCUACAUAGAGAAUGCUAAACAGGUGGGUCGGUUAGAAAACGCCAUUGGCUGGUACCACAGUCACCCCGGUUACGGCUGCUGGCUCUCAGGUAUCGAUGUCAGCACUCAAAUGCUCAAUCAGCAGUUUCAGGAACCCUUUGUAGCUGUGGUGAUCGAUCCUACACGCACCAUAUCUGCAGGAAAAGUGAAUCUUGGAGCUUUUAGGACAUAUCCAAAGGGAUACAAACCCCCAGAUGAGGGUCCAUCAGAGUACCAGACAAUCCCACUUAACAAAAUUGAAGACUUCGGAGUGCACUGCAAACAGUACUAUGCACUUGAGGUCACGUAUUUCAAGUCCUCUCUGGACCGUAAGCUACUUGAGCUCCUCUGGAAUAAAUAUUGGGUUAACACUCUGAGUUCAUCAAGUCUACUUACGAAUGCGGAUUACACCACGGGGCAGGUGUUUGACCUGUCGGAGAAGCUGGAGCAGGCAGAGGCUCAGCUGGGCAGAGGCAGCUUUAUGUUGGGAUUGGACACACACGACAGGAAGUCUGAGGACAAACUAGCCAAAGCGACACGAGACAGCUGCAAAACGACUAUUGAAGCCAUUCAUGGGUUGAUGUCACAAGUCAUCAAGGAUAAACUCUUCAAUCAAGUAAACACAUCCACCAACUAGCCAAGUUAUUAAAAAAAUGGAGUAAGAUGGCCUUAAAUAUGUGCGAUGUUAGCAUGCCCAGCAUUGGAUUUUUGAUUUGAUCAGUAUGCACCCUGAUGUUAAUGUCAUCACCUGUUAAUAGAUGAAUAAAUAUUAUUGAGCUUUUUGACUGCA